CUUUAAACUGCCAAAAAAUGAAUAUUCGCUGUGCUAAACCUGAUGACUUAAUGAAUAUGCAACACUGUAAUCUGCUUUGUCUUCCUGAAAAUUAUCAAAUGAAGUAUUACUUCUAUCACGGUUUAUCAUGGCCCCAAUUGAGCUAUGUGGGUGAAGAUGAAAAAGGAAACAUUGUUGGAUAUGUGUUGGCAAAAAUGGAAGAAGACUGUGAAGAUAACCCCCAUGGACACAUUACAUCAUUGGCUGUGAAACGAUCACAUAGACGAUUAGGACUUGCUCAAAAAUUAAUGGAUCAAGCAGCCAGAGCUAUGGUAGAAUGUUUUCAGGCAAAAUAUGUAUCAUUGCAUGUACGCAAGAGUAACAGGGCUGCAUUAAAUUUAUAUACUAACACAUUGAAGUUUACUAUUUCUGAAAUUGAACCGAAAUAUUAUGCCGAUGGUGAAGAUGCAUAUGCAAUGAAGAAAGACUUAUCCCAUUUUACAUUAUUGUGUGCUGAUGACGAUAUACCAAGUAGUGACACUUUGUCCAAUUUGAUGAAAAAAAUUGAAAUUGAUUCUAAAUAAAUUGUAAAUGUACUUUUUCAUAUAAUAUAAAAGAUUAUCGGUUA